AUGCGAUACUUGGACGCUGAGUUAAUUUUUCGCCCUUCUUCGCCAGUCAGCUGUCAAACUUGCCUCUUCCAGGCGCCUGUCGCCUUGGCCAUCGCCUUCGCCUCCGCAUGGUGCCAGCAAACCGCAACCCGCGCAGGAUUCAGAUUUCACAAUGGAGUUGGGUGUCUGCGCAGACAGCCGGACCCCCCUGACGGCGGGAACAAGGCAGCCAGACUCCCUCAGUAUUGCAGGAGCGCCUCAGGGCUCUCAGAAAAGCAAAAGAGGAGGGGCUGGAGAUGGUCCGUGGCCUUCCCAACAAGGCUCAACGAGAAAUGCGAGCUGAACCGCGAAAUUUGCCUUCUCGAGAACAACACCUCCAGUGUGCCGAUCGCGGUAGUGCAGCACUGGCCGUUGUACGGCGAAAGCGUAAAUCCUUAUGACGUUCCCGAGGAUCGGCGGGUGGCUAUGGCGAAGAAUUUGCCGCAUUGGAGCGGCGACUUCCUUGAUCAACGAGUAGAUGUGCUUUUCUCGCAAAUUCAUCUGGGUGUUGUUGCUGACGAUAAGGCGCAUUCUGCGGCUGCUCAUGCCGCUGCGGCAGUUGCUGUAUCCGCCUUUCCAGCAGGAGGAGCAACAGCAACAGCAGAUGAGCAGAAAGCAGAUGAGCAGACAGCCGAUCAGCAGACAGCAGAUGAGCAGACAGCCGAUCAGCAGACAGCCGAUCAGCAGACAGCAGAUCAGCGGUCUGAAGCCGCUGCUGCUGCAGCUGCUGCUGCUGCUGCCGUUUCGACUCCACCUUCCCUUGCGUCGAAGGACGGUGCAGCGGCGGCGAACAGCAGCAGCGAUUACAGCGAUUACAGCAGCAGCGAUUACAGCGAUUACAGCAGCAAGCGCGCACCAAUUGUGCUGAUGCACUGCCACCAUGGUCGGGAUCGAACAGGCUUGAUUGCUGGAGCGUAUAAAAUGAAGUACUUGGGGUUCUCCCUGGCUGAAGCGUGGAUGGACAACAGGGCCCUAGGGAUGCAGUUGUUCGAAGCCAUCAACUCGCUCAUGUGGUACUGCCUUUACCUUGAACGCGAGCUUGGCCUCCCCACCAAGUGCUACAACCUCUACGCUGCUGAGGACGGAGGUGCAGCCUUCAUCUCGAACGGAAAGGGCCUCACGGAUCUCCCGUGGCUUCCCUCGAAACUCGUCAGCCAGCCGCCAGAGGCGCAAGUGCCGCAGCAGGAGGAGCAGUUGCCAGAAGGAGUUCACAGUGGUGCUGCACUUUCAGGGCGGGGGGAUAGCCAGCCGCAAGCUAGCCGAGAAGAGGCAGGGUCCUUUUUGAGCGCGGAAGGGGAGUACCACGAUGGUACAGCAUUGGCGGCAGGCGAAGCGCAAGCAGUACUUACACCGGCAGAGGCUGAAGCAGUCGUAGCAGCAGCAGCGUUUUCAAGUCGACGCCGCGACCACUAA